AUGACCGUGGACCUGAGGAUGACCGAGUGCGACCAGAAGGGCCGCGUGGAUCGCAGCCGAUCUCCACGGAAGGCCAACGUAGUGGCACAAGACGACGAGGCAGAGUUAUUGGACGGACACAGCGGAGAGGAAAUCUUCAUGGACAAGAGCUCGAAGACGGGUUACACCUACGAUGACAUCAUUUGCCUGCCUGGCCAGAUCUCGUUCGGCGUUCACGACGUGACCCUGGAGUCCAACUUCACCAAGAAGAUCACGUUGAAGACGCCCCUCGUCUCCAGCCCCAUGGACACCGUUACCGAGGCCAGGAUGGCGAUCGGCAUGGCCCUGGAGGGCGGCAUCGGCGUCAUCCACAACAAUAUGUCCAUUGAGGACCAGGUAGAAGAGGUGACAAAGGUCAAGAAAUACAAGAGCGGUUUCAUCACUGACCCCAUCUGCGUGAAGCCGACCACUGCGCUUGCAGAGCUGGACGAGGUGCGGUCGACGUGUGGUUUUACGGGCUUCCCGGUGACUUCGGAUGGCAGGAUGGGGUCCAAGCUGCUCGGGUUGGUGACCCGCCGCGAUUGCGACUUCGUCAGCGACCGCAGGGGCACCUCCGUCAGCCAGGUCAUGACCAAAGUGGACGAGCUGGUGACGGCCGAGGAGGGCGUGGAGCUGCAGGCUGCGAACGAUAUCAUCCACAGGACCAAGAAGGGGAAGCUGCCCAUCGUCUCGAAGACCGGCUUCCUGGUGGCCCUGAUCGCCCGGACCGACCUCAAGAAGAACGCGGAGUACCCGCUGGCGACUAAGGACGCGAACAAGCAGUUGCGGGUGGCCGCGAGCAUCGGGACCCGCCCGGAGGAUCGCACCCGAGCCACGGCGCUGGUCGCUGCUGGCGUGGACGCCAUCGUCGUGGACAGCAGCCAGGGCGACAGCGCGUUCCAGCACGACAUCGUCAGGUGGAUGAAGCAGCAGUUCCCCGACCUCCAGGUCAUCGGCGGCAACGUGGUGACGAAGCGGCAGGCGAAGCACCUCAUCGACUCCGGCGUCGACGCCCUCCGCGUGGGCAUGGGCAUCGGCUCCAUCUGCACCACGCAGGAGGUCUGCGCCUGUGGCCGCGCUCAGGCCUCUGCCAUCUACAACGUGGCCAGGUUUGCCAAGAAGUACGGCGUGCCGGUGAUCGCGGACGGUGGCAUCGGCAGCCCAGGACACAUCGUCAAGGCGUUGUGCAUGGGCGCCAACGUGGCCAUGUGCGGGAGCCUGCUGGCCGGCACCGAGGAGUCCCCCGGCGAUUUCUUCUUCCAGAACGGUGUGCGCCUGAAGAGGUACCGCGGCAUGGGGUCCCUCGACGCCAUGAAGAAGGGUUCCGACGACCGCUACUUCGGGUCUGCGGCGAGCAUCAAGGUGGCCCAGGGCGUCUCCGGCAGCGUGCAGGACAAGGGCUCCCUGCGAAGCUACGUGCCGUACCUCGUGCAGGGCGUGAAGCACGGGCUGCAGGACAUCGGCGCCCAGAGCGCGGAGCAGCUGCGCGCGCAGCUGUACUCGGGCGAGCUCAGGUUCGAGCUGCGUAGCGCGGCCGCGCAGCGGGAGGGCGGCGUGCACGGCCUUCACAGCUUCGAGCGCAAGCUCUUCAAGUGCCACGUCAGCGCCCCGCAGGCCGCGGGCCCAGCCGCCGGCGCCGCGAGCGCGACUGGCGCCGAGGCGCCGGCCGCCGAGGCGCGGGCAGCGAGCUCGACGGGCGCCGCGGGGCAGCAGAUCGAGGCGGCCAGGCUGGAAAUCCAGCAGGCCAAGAGGGUGGGCAAGCAGAAGCAGGCUGCCCUGCCCAAAGCCGACUCUGACGACUUCGACGCUCUGCUUGAGGAGUUCACCGCCAAGGACGACACUUGCUCGUUCGGGAACUGCAAGGCGAAAAUACACACGCUCAUGGACAGCAUGGCCAAGUGCGGGUAUUGCCACAAGCGGUUCUGCAUGACCCACGUCCAGGCCGAAGUGCACGGCUGCGGGGACGCGGCCCAGAGGGCCGAGCAGAAGAAGUUUCGGCAGGCCGCCGAGGCGCAGCUGGGCGGGCGGGGUACCUGCCUCGCGAGCAGGCCCGGAGGCGACAACAGGGGCGCGGUGGCCAGCAAGCUGCAGGACAAGCUGCAGAAGCAGCAGGAGGGCCGAGCCGCCAAGAAGAAGGAGGGCAAGAAGUAG